AUGGCUACUGCCGCAGUGGAUAUUUCUUUUCUUUCAUCACAUUACUCGAUCUCGGAAGCUACUCUUUCUACCCUUACACAGAAUCCUACCGCAGAUCUUGUUGGGCAGCUACUGGAAAGAGUUGCAGAGAAGGCCUACGAAACAGAACAACUUCGAUCCGAAAAGACGCGUCUUGAGGUAGAACUUGAGAGUACCGUUCGUGUAAAUGAGGCGAAGAUCAAAGUUCUUAAGUCAUCUGCUGGAAAGGCCCAUUCAGAGAUCUCUGAGCUUCGGGAGAAUUCUCGUGCAGAACUAGAGUCGAAACUUGAAUCCUUGAAAUCUUCUACUUCGUCGAGUGAGGCUGAAUUCAAUUCGCUUAAAUCCCGAAUUGCGUCGCUUGAGGCUUCCAACCGAGAUACUUUAGGUCUUUUAGAAUCCAAAUCUACCGCUUAUGAUAAACUCGCUGAUGACCUUUCCACUCAACACCGCAAAACCGUAACGCUCAGGCGGGAGGUUGCUGAUCUUGAGCAGAAAUUGCAAGCAGCAAACUCGGCGUCUGCUAGUACACGCUUCCGUGAGCAGAGCUUACAACAGGAACUGGACCUGUUAAAAAAGAACAAUGAAUGGUUUGAAAAUGAACUUCAAACGAAGUCCGCUGAAUACCUGAAAUUUAGAAAGGAGAAGGCCGCGCGACUCUCCGAAUUACAGCGCCAGUAUGAGGAUGCAAACUCUAAUAUCGAUACAUUGCGAAGAAAUGAAUCGUCCCUCAAACAACGCCUGGACGACAUAGAUCAGAAAUACGAGGAAUCCCUUACAACUGUUUCGCAAUUGCAAGAAGAGGCCAUAAAAACCACUGAAUCUUUCCGUAUUGAGCUUGACAGUGCAGCAAGAUUGGCUCAGCUGCAGCAAACCGCCGCAGAGACUGCUAAAAAACGUGUCCAAGAAUGCCAGCUUUCGCUUGAAAAAGCCAAAGACGAUGCUGCGCAUGAAAUGUCACGUCUCCGGGCUGAGAUUGAAACAGAACAUUCGGAAAAAGAAAACGCUGAACGUCGUAUUGCAGAACUGGAACUGGUGAUAAAGCAAUUUGAACAGGGUGUUGGCGCGAGCAGAAAUCAACCGUCGACUCCUCUCCACAGCCUCAAUGGCGGUGUUAGCACCCCCAUGCGACCUAGUACUCCUAUCGGCUCUUUCUCUCCGAGAUCUGCACGUACCAAAGGAGGUCUCACCCUCACCCAAAUGUACACAGAGUAUGAUAGAAUGCGGACCCUUCUGGCGACUGAACAGAAAACUAGUCAAGAGCUGCGGGCAGCGAUGGAUGAAAUGUUACAGGAUUUAGAAUCCAGUAAACCCGAAAUUGACGAACUUCGAUCUGACCACUCACGCCUUGAGGCUUCGGUAAUGGAAAUGUCUAACCUUCUGGAUGCUGCCAACAAAGAAAGAGAGGAGGCGACAAAAGAAGCGAGAAAAUGGCAGGGCAAAGUGGAAGGCUUGGAAAGGGAGGGCAAUAUUCUGCGCCAACAGCUUCGUGACCUAAGCGCGCAAGUCAAGGUCCUUGUUAUGGAGGUUCACCUCCUUGGCGCAGGCGAAAAGGAUUAUAGCCGCGAUGAACUCGAACGUGCCGCACGCGAGGGGCUAGAUGAGGCUUCAGAGGACAUGAACCAUACCAGUCGCUUCAUUACACGACACAUGACAACUUUCAAGAAUCUAAAUGAGCUCCAGAAUCAAAAUGUAACCCUGCGAAGAAUGUUAAGAGAGCUUGGAGAUAAAUUAGAAGGUGAAGAAGCUUGCAAGCGGAAUUUGUCACACCAAAAAGAUCAAGAAGAGCUGAAGGAACUUCGCUCCCGCGUUCAAACAUAUCGAGAUGAAAUGGCUAGCCUCGUGACUCAGACCAAAAGCUAUAUUAAGGAGCGAGAUACAUUCCGUAGCAUGUUGGUACGCCGAGAGACAACCGCCCCGUUUUCGCAGUCUUUGCCCCUGGGCUCCGUCCCACCCUCUUUAGAUACUACUCAGUCGGGUGAUGCACCUGAUUACGCGGAGCUACUUCGAAAUUUGCAAGCCCAUUUUGACUCUUUCCGCCAAGAGACCGUCACUGAUCAGUCAUCCCUAAAACAACAGGUCAAUGAUUUAACAAGGAAGAAUAGCGAAUUGCAGAGCGACAUUAGCAGGUCCAAUAGUCAGUUAGCAACUGCUGUACAGCGCGCCGAACUUUUGCAAUCUAAUUUCGCCAUGCUCAAAAAUGAGAACAGUGAGCUCCAAAGACGGCAUUCAACUCUCAUGGAAAAUGCCAAUAAACAAGAUCUUCGGACACAACAAGUUGCUGAAGAUCUUGUCGAAGCCAAAGGUCUUGUGGAUAGUCUUCAGAGGGAAAUCGCCAAUCUUAAGGCUGAGAAGGAACUGUGGAAGAGCAUUGAAAAGAGGCUGGUAGAGGAUAACGAGACUCUAAGGAAUGAGCGUAGUCGGUUAGACAUGCUCAAUGCUAGCCUGCAGUCUAUUCUUAACGAGCGAGAACAUGCAGAAUCAGAAAAUCGACGUCGUCUCCAAUCAAGUGUGGACUCUCUUGAGUUAGAGCUCCAGUCCACAAAGCGGAAGCUUGGUGACGAGACAGAAGAAACCAAGAAACUCUCCAAUCAAAGGGAAUACGAACAAGAGAAAAGCCAAAAACGUAUUGAAGAUCUUGUCACAACCCUUGGUUCCAUUCGGGAGGAACUCGUUGCUGCUAAGACAAGCAAGGAUCAUUUGCAAUCAAGGGUUGAUGAGCUUUCAGUUGAGCUUAAGAGUGCCGAAGAAAGAUUGGUGGUUCUUCAACGUAAGCCUUCAACUGCCGUACCUCAGGAGGCUCCCACUGUAGACGAGGAAGAACAAGAAUUAGCUAUCCAAAUUUCGGAACUCAAACGCGAUCUUGAAUUGUCAAAGGCCGAAUUAUCCCAUGCCAAAGAACAGGCUGAGGACUACAAAGCAAUUAGCCAAGCAACAGAGGAAAGACUACAGGCUCUUAGCGACACAAAUGAACAGUACCGUGAAGAUACCAAUCACCUUCUUGAAGAAAAGAAUUCCAAAAUUUCAGAGCUGGAGAGACGGGUUGAAGAUUUGUCUACUGAACUUACAGCCACAAACAAAGAGCUAACAAGCCUUCGUGAUCAAGAAACCCAGUUCCAACGACGCCUUGAUGAUCAAAAAUCGAUAUCUGAUGACGAGAUUUCACGACUCAAGGAACAACAGGAACGACACGAGGCUGCUGCUCAGUAUCAUCAGCAAGACCUAAAGGCGCAAGCAGAGAUUGCUCAGAAUGCACAGCAGAACUACGAAAACGAACUGUUGAAACAUGCGGAGGCUGCUAAACACCUUCAAGUGGUAAGAACUGAGGCUAACCAACUGAAGCUGGAAGUUGUUGAUCUUCGGACCCAAGCCGAAACCGCUAAGAGCAAUCUGUGUCGUGAAGAGGAAAGUUGGAAUGAAAUGAAAGGCAAAUAUGAAAAAGAAAUCGAAGAACUCAGCCACCGUCGUGAAGAGGCACUAAAACAGAAUGCAUUACUUCAUGACCAAUUGGAAAGUAUCACGAAACAGAUUUCCUCUCUGCAACGUGGACGAGCAGAUGUUCCUGAUGAUGGUGAAAUAGCAUCCGGCUCUGAUCUUGACGGUCUUCAAGAAGUUAUUAAAUUUUUGCGGCGGGAAAAGGAAAUUGUUGAUGUUCAAUAUCACUUGUCAACACAAGAAAGCAAACGAUUGCGCCAACAACUUGAUUAUACUCAAACUCAACUCGAAGAUACUCGCCUUAAACUUGAACAGCAACGUCGGGCUGAAGCUGAAACGGAACGACAUACACUCAACCAUAACAAAUUAAUCGAAACACUUAACGAGCUAAAUCUAUUUCGCGAAAGCAGUGUUACUCUCCGAAGUCAAAUCAAACAACUGGAAGCAUCCGUACAGGAAAAAUCCAAACUUAUUGAUGAGCUCCAGCAAAAGAUCGAGCCCUUGCAGAUGCAUUCCCGCGAGCUUGAGAAUAACUUGGAAUCCAAGGAUGGCGAAAUGAAACUUCUUCAGGAGGACCGGGAUCGAUGGCAGCAGAGGACACAAAACAUUCUCCAGAAAUAUGAUAGAGUGGACCCUGCAGAGCUUGAGGCCAUGAAAGAAAAUCUGUCUUCCCUUGAAAAACAACGAGACGAAGCUAUUUCAGCGAAGGAAGCCCUUGAAGCGCAGUCAGCGGCAUUCCCCGAGCAACUUAAACAAGCAGAAGAUCGCAUCCAAGAAUUACGUAUCCGGUUGACAGAUCAAUUCAAGGCGAGAUCAAAGGAGCUAACCGGACGUAUUAACGCUAAGCAGCUUGAGCUGAAUGGCGUUGUCCAAGAGAAAGAGCAAAUCCAGCAAGAGCUAGAACGUGCCAGAGAGGAGUUGAAUAUGCUGAAGUCGAAGGCCCCAGAACCGAAUACUGUGGCACUAGAAGCCCCGGUCGUUGCACCAGCAGAAGAAGCUAACAGUGUUCCAAUAACAGACAAUAAUGGCAUUGAUAGUGCUGCCGAAACAAGAAUCAAGGAGCUGGAAGCUAGGAUCAAAGAGCUAGAGGCUACCCUGUCUGCAAAAGAAAACGAACUGGAGCAGAAGGUCAAGGAGAAGAUAGACAGGAUGAAAGAGAUUCUAAACAACAAGUUGGCAGAAAAUAAGACAUCCCACCAACAGGAGAUAGAAACCCUUAAAACAGAACAUCAACAAGAGCUCGUUUCAAAGGCAGAAGGAAAAGCAGAAAUUACCGAAGCAGCAGCACGUGAACUCGUUUCUAAAAAUCCGUACAUCCGCAAUAUUCUCAUCAAUAAUAUCAGAAAUGCUGUUAAUAAAGAAAAGGAAGCGAUGGCGCAUCAGGAAGGGCAGCAGCGAGACAUGGAGGCAUUGAAACAACUGGAAAAAAAAUUCGGCGAAGAAAAGGAGACCAUGUUGAAAGAACGAGAUCAGAAAAUCAGCUCUGCUGUAGAGCUAGCGGAGAAGCGCUUAUUAGCAAAAGUUAGCAUGACAGAAGGUCGAGCAAGAAAUGCUCAGGCCAAGCUUGAUGUCGUGCAAAAGGCAGCGACAGAGACACCCCAGCGACCUGUUGUUGAAGUCUGGGAUGUUGCAAAAGUUGCCCGGCCUGUUGUGGCCCAACAGCAGCAAACAGCAGCAAAGCCUACAGCCCCUACGCCUACGCCUACACCAGCUCCCACCGCUGUUCAGCCCCCAGCUUCUGCCACUCCAGCCACUCCAGCACCUCAGAAAGUCGCACCGCCAGCCCCUUCACCAACUGCCGCGUCCCAACCAGCCCCUCCCCAAACCCCCCAACCGCCACUCCAGCCACAACAACAGACAUCCCAGGCGUCCUUACAGCCCCCGGCGGGGACGCAGCAACAGCAACAAGAGCAACAAAAGGAGGUACCAGAACCGUCGCAGCAGCCUUCACAAGAACAGCCGCCGGCAGAUAAUCAAGCUUCUCCAACCCCGGUUCGACAAACCACUGGGCUACCUAAUCGCCCUCCACAAUCUGUUCACCAUGCCAGUGGUACCGGCGUUCUUCGCGUCCUUCAAUCAGGCUUGCCCGUUGCUCGCGGUGGCCGUGGGCGCGGGAGUCAAGGUGGUGCACAGACUAGCCACCUUAGCCCAGAUCAAAACCAACAAUUUCAACAGCAGCAGCAAAAUGCCAGCCGUGGCUCAACCGUCACUCGUAGCAGAGGAAUAAGAGGUGGUGGGCAAGGCCGUGGUGGCCCCCAAAGUAUCCAAACUGGGAACCUGGCUCAAGGCGUCGGACAAGCGAGCCCUCGUGGUGGAAGAGGGGGGCUCAAUGCUCAAGCUCGCCAAUUUGUUCCCCAUGGGAAACGCGCCCGGGAUGAUGGAAGUGAUGCAGAUGCAGGUGCUGGGAAGAGAAUGCGUGGCGGUGGAGCUGGCCAGUAA